AUGGAUCCCGGUUCUGCCCUGCAGCACUUCCUGCAGCCAUUCCACGUCGACGCCCAAAAGAUUCACACACUGUCCAGCCUCUUCUUGACCAAUUUCCGGCACCUGGCUCGCAACGCCGACGACCAAUUCCUCGCCACGCCCAUCUCAGAGUCCAUCUUAAGACCCCUCAGCCAGCGCGGUCAUGGAAGACACCUGGCUAUUGACAUAGUCAGCGGCGGAACAAACCUGAGAGUAGGUUUUGUCGAGCUCCACGGUAAAGACACAGCAAACGCCCACAAUGCACUCCCCUCCUCCAAACCCAAUGGCACCGCCUCCCCAUCGUCACUGCCGCCGCCUUCCCUCCGCCUCGAAGAGAGAGCGUGGCCAAUAGACGACCGCCUCAAAGCAGAUACUGGCGGUGACCCUCAGCUCCUCUUCGACUGGAUCGGCGCCCGUAUCGCCUCCGUCCUCCGCGCUGCCCGCGAGGAAUCCCGGCUACCCAGUGGCGACAACGACAACUAUGUCGACGACGAGGAGGCCCUCCCCCUGGGCAUCACCUUCAGCUUCCCCAUGGUCCAGCACACCAUUUCUGACGCAACCAUCAUGACCAUGGGCAAAGGCUUCAGCAUCAACGGCAACGCAGAGCUGGGCCCCUUACUGAUCAAAGGCUACUCCAAGGCUCGCGCCGCCGACAACGGCGCCCACCGCCUGCCGCCCAUCCGCAUCGCCGCCAUAUCAAACGACUCCGUAUCCACACUCAUAUCCUUCAUCUACCUCUUCGACGAGUCCCAGUCCCAGUCCCAGUCCCCUCGCCACGCCACCAAAAAGGCAAGCAUGGGCCUCAUCGUAGGCACAGGCUGCAACGCCACCAUCACCCUCCCGCUCACAGCCCUCGGCCCCUCAAAAUGGCCCGCAGACGUCAGCACCCUCCCGGGCGAGUCCGCCCGCCACGCCCGCAUCGCCGUCAACACGGAAUGGAGCAUUCGCGGCACCGCCCCGCCCCUCCGCGAGCUAGGCCUCAUCACCCCCUGGGACACGGCCCUCGACGACGCCCUCGUCGGACCGGGCGAGAUCGCUGGCUUCCAACCCCUAGAAUAUAUGACGGCCGGCCGCUACCUCGGCGAGCUGGGCCGCCUCGUCCUUGUCGACUAUCUCCAGACCGUCCUCGGCCACAACGAGUCAUCGCUGCCGACCGCCUUGCUGACGAGGUACGCGCUGACGACAACGUUCCUCAGCCACUUCAAGCCCGCCGCCAAUGACCUUGCAGACCCUACCCCUCUGCAAACCAAAUUAGAAAAGGAGUUUCCGGUGGCAGAAGCAGAAAAGGGGGUAUCCUCCUCCUCCUUCCAGUGGACGCCAACAAUCGCAGCAGCCCUCUACCACAUUGCAAAGGCAAUCGAGAUCCGCGCCGCAGGCAUCGUCGCAGCCGCCACCGUGGCCCUCCUCAAGCUAGCACAAGACAUACCCCCAUCAAUUGACCAGAACCAUGUCGAGAACUACAACCACAACCGCAAAGAAGCAGAGACGCAGGCAGCACCCAUCACCGAGCUAGGCGUCGGCUACACGGGCGGCUGCAUCGCCCACUUUCAAGACUACCUCGCCGACACGCAAGACUUUUUAGACAAGAUCAUCAAGCUCGACUACGACGAGGGCCACUCGGAGGGGUCGCAGGAGGGGUCGCCGCCGUUGAGGAUCGUUCUGAGUCCCUGCCACGACGGCGGGAUCAAGGGCGCCGGUAUCCUCGCGGCCGCUACUGGUGUCAGUCAGACGCAACAAACAUGA